AAUGCUCUUUCUCUUUUGACACUCUUUAAGGAAAACCCAAUUCUUCUUCAUCAUGACACAAGCACAAUCUCUCUUCUCUCCCUUCACUCUUCCAUUUCCUUCACCCUCCCAACGACACCGUUUCUUUUCUCACCCAAUUUCACCCCUAAUUCAAACCACCUCGAUUGCCUUCUCAAACGCCACCGUUUCGGCUAAUGCAGCUACAUCCGUUCAACCUCUCCCCCAGCUGAUUGAAACGCUGAUUUCCGGGGUGAAUUUGUCGGAAGAUGAAGCCGAAGGGUGUUUGGACUCGCUGCUUCACGACCCAAACGAGGCCUUAAUCAGCGCGGUGCUUGUGCUUCUCAGAGCCAAAGGAGAGACUUAUGAAGAAGUUGUGGGGUUGGCAAGGGCAAUGUUGAGACAUGCGACGAAGGUUGAGGGCUUGAACGAUGUUGUGGACAUUGUGGGAACCGGAGGGGACGGUGCCAACACCGUCAACAUUUCAACGGGGGCUUCCGUUCUCGCGGCGGCUUGCGGUGCCAGAGUUGCGAAGCAAGGGAACCGGUCAAGUUCUUCUGCGUGUGGAAGUGCAGACGUGUUAGAAGCUCUGGGAGUGGUGAUUGAUUUAGGUCCUGAGGGAGUAAAGAAGUGUGUGAAUGAAGCUGGGAUUGGGUUUAUGAUGUCUCCAAAAUAUCACCCGUCGAUGAAGAUUGUCAGGCCAAUAAGAAAGAAGUUAAAGAUCAAAACUGUAUUCAACAUAUUGGGUCCAAUGCUGAAUCCAGCACACGCACCUUUUGCAGUUGUUGGAGUAUACACAGAGGACUUGGUCUCCAAAAUGGCUAAAGCACUCAACAGAUUUGGCAUGAAAAGGGCUUUAGUUGUUCACUCGGAAGGUUUGGAUGAGAUGAGUCCUCUUGGACCUGGUUUAGUGCUUGAUGUUACUGCUGACAGGGUUGAUAAGUUCUCAUUUGAUCCCUUGGACUUUGACAUUCCUCGUUGUACUAUUGAGGACUUAAAAGGUGGUGAUCCCGAGUACAAUGCAGAGGUUCUGAAGCGUGUUCUAGGUGGAGAGAGAGGGCCUAUUGCAGAUGCUUUAAUUCUAAAUGCAGCAGCGGCUCUAUUGGUUUGUGGCCGUGUAAGGAACCUAGCUGAAGGGGUGGCUAUGGCGCGUGAAACACAACAAUCAGGGAAGGCUCUGAAAACUCUCAACUUGUUGAAGGAUGUCUCAAAUAAAUUUAAAGAUGAUGUGGGCAUGGAUGCCUGAAUCGUGACUCAGGUUUGAGUUUUGUAAUUUCAGGCUUCAUACAGUACAUGUUUUACAGAGAUAUACAAAAAUAAUCUCAGUACUGUGCAAAAGGUUUUAGAAUAGAAGGAAGGAUCAUAAAUUGUUUACAAUUCUGUCACAAAAAAGUGACAGAGGAAAUGAAUUCUUUUUGUACGGAAAAAAGGGAACCUUGAGCUUUGAGAUUUUCUGUUAGAUUUCGUAAAGACAAGAUGCUAAUAAUUCUUGGAUUCAUUGAGUUGAAUUGUUGCAAAAAUGGUUAUUUGGUGCUUUUCUUUA